GGAGGAUGCAGCACCUGCGCACUAGCAGCGGCGGAGAGGGCGGACGAACCGAGUCCACUGCGGCUGCGUCGAGCGCGGGGCGAGGAGCCGGAGAGAGACACGGCGCGCAUGCGCAGAACUCUACGCGGCUCGGCGGCGGGUUUGGGCUUGUGCGCGAACGCCGAGCCGUCGCCGCAGCCUCCGCCGCCGAGAAGCCCUUGUUCCCGCUGCCGCGAGGAGAGUGUACUGCCGACAAGAUGGCGGACGGGGAGCUGAACGUGGACAGCCUCAUCACCCGCCUGCUGGAGGUACGAGGAUGUCGUCCAGGAAAGAUUGUGCAGAUGACUGAGGCAGAAGUUCGAGGAUUGUGUAUCAAGUCUCGUGAGAUCUUUCUCAGCCAGCCUAUUCUUUUGGAAUUGGAAGCACCAUUGAAAAUUUGUGGAGAUAUUCAUGGACAGUAUACAGAUUUACUGAGAUUAUUUGAAUAUGGAGGAUUUCCACCAGAAGCCAACUAUCUUUUCUUAGGAGAUUAUGUGGACAGAGGAAAGCAAUCUUUGGAAACCAUCUGUUUGCUAUUGGCUUAUAAAAUCAAAUAUCCGGAGAACUUCUUUCUCUUAAGAGGAAACCAUGAGUGUGCUAGCAUCAAUCGCAUUUAUGGAUUCUAUGAUGAAUGCAAACGAAGAUUUAAUAUUAAAUUGUGGAAGACAUUCACUGAUUGUUUUAACUGUCUGCCUAUAGCUGCCAUAGUGGAUGAGAAAAUCUUCUGCUGUCAUGGAGGACUGUCACCAGACCUACAAUCUAUGGAACAGAUUCGGAGAAUCAUGAGACCCACUGAUGUCCCUGAUACUGGUUUGCUCUGUGAUUUGCUGUGGUCUGACCCAGAUAAGGAUGUACAAGGCUGGGGAGAAAAUGAUCGUGGUGUUUCUUUCACUUUUGGAGCUGAUGUAGUCAGUAAAUUUCUGAAUCGUCAUGAUUUAGACUUGAUUUGUCGAGCUCAUCAGGUGGUGGAAGAUGGAUAUGAAUUUUUUGCUAAGCGACAAUUGGUGACCCUAUUUUCAGCCCCAAAUUACUGUGGCGAGUUUGACAAUGCUGGUGGUAUGAUGAGUGUGGAUGAAACAUUGAUGUGUUCAUUUCAGAUAUUGAAACCAUCUGAAAAGAAAGCUAAGUACCAGUAUGGUGGACUGAAUUCUGGACGUCCUGUCACUCCACCUCGAACAGCUAAUCCACCGAAGAAAAGGUGAAGAAAGGAAUUCUGUAAAGAAAUCAUCCAUUUGUUAAGGACAUACUUCAUAAUAUAUAAGUGUGCACUGUAAAACCAUCCAGCCAUUUGACACCCUUUAUGAUGUCACACCUUUAACUUAAGGAGACGGGUAAAGGAUCUUAAAUUUUUUUCUAAUAGAAAGAUGUGCUACACUGUAUUGUAAUAAGUAUACUCUGUUAUAAUAUUCAACAAAGUUAAAUCCAAAUUCAAAAGUAUCCAUUAAAGUUACAUCUUCACGUAUCACAAUUUUUAAAGUUGAAAAGCAUCGCAGUUAAAUUAGAUGUGAUAGUUAACCAGAUGAAAGCAUGAUGAUCCAUCUGUGUAAUGUGGUUUCAGUGUUGCUUGGUUGUUGAAUUAUUUUGGGCUUGUUUUGUUUUGUUUUUUGCUAGAAUAAUGGCAACUACUUUUCAUGUUUUUCUCUAAACAUUUUAAAAUGAAAUAUGGGAAGAGCUUUAAAGACAUUCACCAACUAUUAUUUUCUUUCACUUACCUACUUACGUAACUGUUUGAUCUUACUGAGAAAACUUAUUCUUCAUUACAGUAAAAAGGAAUUGUAGAGGUUGAUAGUUUUUUAAAAUAUACAAACUAUCCAGUCCAAUGAUUUUAAUCAAACAGUUUGGGCAAACUUUGCAGCUGAUAAUGAAUAUAUUGCUUUUUACAAAAUUGGCACUGAUAUGGAUUUGUGCACUCUUAAUUUUUAAUUUAUUGAUGCUCUAUUGUGCAGUAGAAUUUCAUUUAAGGUAAGGCUCAUAUAGUAUUACCCAAAAGUAGUUGGUAAUGUUAUUAUGUGGUACCUUGGCUUUAGGUUUUAAUUCACACGAAACACCUUUUGGCAUGCUUAACUUUCUGGUAAUACCCUCACCUGCAUUGGUUUUGUUUUUUUGGGUUUUUGUUGUUUGUUUUUAGAUCCACAGAACAUGAGAAUCCUUUUUUGACAAGCCUUGGAAAGCUGACACUAUUUUCUUUUCCCCUCUAUAAGAAGGAUGUAUUUAAAUGAAUGCUGGUUGGUGGGACAUUUUGUCAACUAUGGGUUUUGGGUGCUUCACUGUCUAAUAAUUGCCAUGUGAAUGUUGUAUUCAAUUGUAAGGCUAUGUCACUAAAGAUUUUUAUUCUGAGUUUCCAUAAUCAAAGGUCAUGAUAUUGUAUAGAUAUGCUUUGUAGUGAAGUAUAGUAGCAAUAAUUUCUGUACAUGAUCAAGAGUUUACUGCAGCAUUUCUUUUCCUGUUCUGUCUUUUUUUAAGGGGUAGUACUAACAAAUG